AUGGCUGGGACACAUCAGAGGGAAUCUGCAGCCCAAUGUGUCGAAGCUUCACCUCUUUUCAACUCUUCCUUUUCUGAUCUCAUUAACAUUUACAUUCGCUCCGUAGAUCCUCCACCGCUGAGCAGCUCCCACCGUUUCAUCACUUUCUGCUGGAGAAAAACUUCUGUUCCUGCAGGAAAACGUGUUUAUCAGAGUCAAAGGUCGUCUGGGUCCAAACUGGGUCAACAUUUGUUGCAGGUGAAAAAGGGAGAGAAACUCUGGAUAGAACCAGAACCAGAACCUCCUGCUGCCUGUAAUGAUGCUCCAUGUGUUCAGCAGACCGAUGCCACAGCGCCGCAGCAUCUGGUUCUGGCUCCGAUUGGACCCAUCCUGGACGUGUCCGGAGGAACGCUCCGUCCUGCUGCAGGCGGUGAGGUGAGGCUGAUCCGCUCCGGCCCAGAUGUGGAACAUCUGUCCCCCAGAGACCCGUCCUCUGGGACGUCCUGUUCCCCCAGGAGGCUGCAGACGCUGAGUCAGCGCCGUCCUCAGCCGACUCAGACCGAGGUCAGAGGUCGUCGGAUGAACAACACGUCAACGCCUCCGCCGUCUUUCUGGAAGUAUGAAGAAACGUCUUCAUCAGGGAGCUGAUGCAGCGGACUGAGCUGAGGCUGAGCUGGUACUGAAACCGUCCAUCAGCCCCCAGAGGUCACGCUGAGGUCAGAUUCAGGGAUUUCCAGCUUUUAAUCUAGAAGCUUGAAAUCAGUCGAGUUUAUUUGUAGAGGCCAUUUCAGCAACACAGCAGUUCAACGCACUUUACAUCAUAAAAACUGAAAAACUAUCAACCUUUGAGAAACCAAACAUUUCAUUUUGUCAAAUUCCAUAAUCAAAAUCAUCGUUACACAUCGGAUUAUUGAUCAAUGUUUCAUUUAUUAUGGUUCUGAAGCAACUCUAACCAGGUGGGUUUUUGGUCUGGA